AUGGCCAGUGCUGCAAGGAAGUGGGACGUGGUCAUCGCCGGGGGCGUCAGUCUCCCUGGCGGCCGGGGCACGGAGUCGCGGGCGCCUCCCGACUCCUCGCGGCGCAGCCCGGCCUCCUGCGCCGCUGCCGCCGCGCGCUUUCCGGCGGGCGGCAGGGAGGCCCGGCGCCGCAGAGCGCGCCCGCAGCCCGCCGGAGAGACCCGGCUCCGAGCCACCCGCCGCCGCCGCGCCCGCGCCCUGCGAGGGAGAGGCGGGGCCCCGCGGCCGCGGCGGCGCCUCCGCAGCGCUGGCGACGUUUGCGUGCCGCCGCGGCCGAGCUGCAGAGGCGUCUGUCCGCCCACGCCCGAUGACAGGCUCGCUGUGGGCGCGAGUCUCGCCUUGCGGAUUGGCUGUCCCUUUUACUGGGUGGGGGUUGCAGCCCUGGAGGCGCCUGAUGUAAACCCCGAAGCAGGAAGGUCGAGCUGGGAGCUUCCCGACUUGAGAGAAGGACGCGUAAAAGCCAUCAGUGACUCUGAUGGAGUGAGCUACCCUUGGUAUGGAAACACCACGGAGACCGUGACCCUGACUGGCCCCACCAACAAGGUGUCCAGGUUCUCCGUCAGUAUGAACGACAACUUCUACCCUAGUGUGACCUGGGCUGUCCCUGUGAGUGACAGCAAUGUGCCCCUGCUGACUAGGAUCAAGCGGGAUCAGAGCUUUACCACGUGGCUGGUAGCCAUGAAUAUGACCACCAAGGAAAAAAUAAUCUUGCAGACAAUAAAAUGGAGGAUGCGAGUGGACAUUGAGGUUGAUCCCAUGCAGCUCCUGGGCAAGCGAGCUCGGCUGGUGGGCAGGACUCAGCAGGAGCAGCCCAAAAUCCUGAGCAGGAUGGAGCCCAUCCCGCCAAAUGCACUGGUGAAACCCAAUGCCAACGAUGCCCAGGUCCUCAUGUGGAGGCCCAAGAGGGGCCUGCCUUUGGUAGUGAUACCACCCAAAUAG